UAAGAUUUCUAUAUUUCAAUUUCAGUCUAUACAUUAGUUCUACUUCAGUUACUUGAAUUGGAAAGUUGUAUUGAGAAUUAAUUUUUGUCCUUUGAGUCAGGGCAUGUGAAUUGCGAAACUUACAGCUGUUAUAUUUGUGUUUUCUUUAUUGUCUCUGUCCAUUUAUCUCUUGUAGGAAAGUUAUGGGUUUGUUUGGUGUUGACUUAUGGUAUAAUGUGAGUAGUUAAUGCUCGAAGGUAUGAAUAGUUAACUACAAUUGCAAUUUCUUGAUUAAAGGAUGACAUGAUUAUAGAAAUUGGAACAGGGACAUGCAAUUGGCUGCUUGAAUCUAGAAAAUGGAAGUGUGAUGCAUAACCAGAUCAUUGUUAGUGAUUACAAGAAGAUUAGCAUGGCUCUAUUUUACUUUGUUCUAAUAUAAGUAAAUUUGGGCCAAUAGUAACUUUCUUUCAUAAGGUUGGUUGAAAGGAGUUUGAGAUAUUUAUGAACUUCAGGAAAGAUCUUGGAAGUGAUCCAAGCAUGAGUUAGAUGCACAUAACGUGCAAACAUACAUGCACACCAACAUACAUACCGUAUCACUUGAGGAAAAUCUUAGAAUGUGUCAGCUGUUAAGGUGACUAAAGCAAGUAGGAUGAAGAGUUCGGAAUGUACAUACUUGCUUGCAUGCAUGAAGAAGAUGAGAUACACUUUUGGGAGGAUAUUCGCACAUCCCACUUUUCUUUUCUGUUAGCUCUGAAAUUGGAAAGUGAGGAUGUAAUACCCUUUACUGUGAUAAACGGAGAAGCAAGUAGUUCACUCAAAUCUUUCUUUCUCCCUCUUCAUCCCUACCUGGUUUGGGAUUCUCUUACUACAUCACUCUAGAUUAUGUAUAAAUAAAUAAUAUUUUCCAGAAAUUGGUUCUUUGAGAGUCCAAUUAUACAGAAUCUAGCUACAAAAUGUCAGUCCAGCUACAAAACGAAAUGUCUAGUCAGGUAAGACUUUGUUGUUUAACUAGUAAAUUUGUCUAUUCCCCUAAGAAAAAAAUGACUAGUGGAUUUGUUUAUUCUAUUUUUAAAAUCAAACUCUCUAUCAGUGUCUGAGGCUCGGAGAUUUCCAUCUGGGUUGAUGUCUUGGUCAACUUAUCAGUCUGUAUGAGUCAUGAGCAUCCACUGAUAUGAUAUAAUUUAUAUCUCAUCUCCGAUUAUCCAGGCUGAUCUAUACCAUUUCAUUCUGGUAUAUUGUCUGGUACAGUAAAAAUAUAUUGGCCAAUAUUUCUUAAACAUAUUGUCACAAAUUUAAACUAAAAUUUUACUCAUUAAACAUUCAAAUCAAUACUAUAAUAUGGUAACUAAUUCCAUAUUUUCCAUAAUAACUGAGAUUCUAAUAUCUUGGAUUCUAGAAUAACAGCCAACAUAUCAGUAAAUUUGGGAUACAGCUGUGCAUUACAAGAACAUAGGCAUCUCAAGAACAGUUUUGCCCUGGUUAAGAGCACCGUUACCUCCUGAGAUAGGUAGAUUUAAAUUGAAUUGCUGGGCUUUUCUGCAGUAUAAUUGAGUGGGAAUUGUUAGAGUUUUUUUUUUUUUUUAAAUAAAUAAAUGCCGUGCAUAUGCUAUAUCUAGAGUGAAGUAUUAAAUAGAUAAGAUGGUAUAGAAACAUGAAUGGAAUACUAUGAUUGUAGUACAUUGAAGUUAUUUGAAAAAAAAAUGAGUUGAAGAUUUCAUUGUCCAGCUUUUCAUGGUAAUUUGCUGGUUGAUUAUAUAGGAGAGAAGAGUGAAGAUGUUCCAUUCUUGUUCUGUUGUAUGAGGGUCGCAUGCCCAUCUGAUACCUCAUGGAAGGUAGAAGUCAGAAUUUAAGUUGUUACACCUUAAAGUGAAGCAAGCAAGUUAGAUAAUGUUGUUGGAGAAUGGAAUGAAAGCACAAGUCAUAUGUAUGGGUUAGCAUUUCACUAGCUGUUAAUGACUGAGAUAUUAUCUUCUAUUAGUGGAGAUUUGCUUUCUGUUGGAGCAAUUUAGUAAUAUGUCUUGUGAUCAACCAAUUAAAAUAUCAGAUUAUUAGAGGCGAGAGCUCUACAAAUUCCUUUACAAAUUCCUUUUAUAGGAAUGUUUUUUCUGUUUAAAUGGUGUGAUAUUUUCAAUUUUUUUGUUGAUAGCCAACAUUUAGGUUUGACAAGCCAUUUGUCACUUUUGGAGGAUAACUUGAUGUUCACAUGUCCAUUUUAUGUAUAAAUACUGAUUUUGAAGUGAAAUUGAAAUUCCGCAAGUUUAUAUUUUGUAAGCUUAUUUCGGCUGCCUGAAAAAAAAAAAAGGUUCGAGUAAGAAAUGUGGGUAAACUUUAUCUAUGUUAGGAAAAGUUUUAGUGGCUUCUUGGUAUCCAUAUGAGCUUCAGUUUGAUUGCUAUUUUUGAUUGGUUCUCUUUGUAGGAAGCUAGGAACAACAGUCAUCAUGUACUAAUGAUUUAUUUGAUGAUUAAUAUUUAUUAGAGUUUUUAAUUGCUGUUGCUCCCUGCUACUCACUAGUCAUAGAUUUGAUCUUUCAGGCAUUUAAAUGUCCGCUAGUUGGCUGAUCAGAGUGUGGGCUUGCCUAGAUUAAUUUUUAUGUUUUCCUUAAAUCUGUGUUAGAUACUGUGUAUGAAGAAACAAGUGAAAAUAGUGUAGCAAUCCACACUGCACUGCUUGAAGGAAGACAAUCAAGUUGUUAUGGACAAAUUACUACUGUCCAAUGGUGAAAGAUUUGAUAAUGCUCAGAGCUAGAAAUUUAGGGAUUGGACCAUUGAAGACUUGCAAGAGGAGCACACCUUGAAAGACCUUUUCAAUUUUAAAUCGAGGAUAGUGAUUGAAUACAGGAUCUUCUAUCACUCAUUUGAUCUAGACAUGAAGGAUUGUAUAGCUGACUUCAUCAACCAAUGGAACAGUCGCUAUGUUAUCUAAAUUGGAUAGUAUUGAAAACUCCUCCCUAGAUUCAUCAUGAUAAACAUCUAGUGUAAUUUCAGAUACUUUACAUUAAGUGUGAAGCAAAUUUUUGUAUAUUUUAAUAUGCAGGUAGUGGGCUUUUUUGCCUUCAUCAAUCUUUCCUAUUUUAAUGGGUGGAUGGUAAAUGGGAAGGGACUUCACAAAAGUUUGACUGUACCAUCUAUUGUGCGAUAUUUAGAGAGUGGUAGGGACGAAACUUGUGAAUGACGAUAUGUUUCAAGUACCAUCAAGCAUGAUACUUUAAAGAAUAUUGCAGUCGAGCAGUUUACCAUGAAGUAGACUUGAAGUGGUUGUUGAGAGAUAUGUCAGAUUCCUUUGGGAAGGGACAUUCUUUGCAGGGUUUUGGUCUGGAUCCUCCAACCUAUACAACCCACUGCAUUGUUGUAAUUCAUUCUGAGAUGAGGCAACCGAUGGAGAUCUGAAACAGAGCAAAACAAUAGGCACCAUCCACUUCAAAUGCAAAAUUCUAUUAUGAUGAUGCCCAUAAAACCAUAGUAGUUGAUAUGAAAGGGUGUUGUCCAAAAUUUUUUCAAUGAGUUUACUAGAUCAUUCGAAUCUUCUUUAGAUAUUGAUAGCUAUGAUCUGCAAGGUUGUAUGAUAUUUCAGUAGAAUUGCAUUGCCAAUGGUAUCAGAUGAGUGAGACAUUAAGGCCUGCAAGAUUUGAACUUGGGCAGGCUUUUCAUAUGUUGCACCAGUAAUGUGCUUCACGGUCUCCUUGCCCCAUAGAAUUACAGCUGGCUCUACUGCUGUUCCUUGGGGUGUCGAAAUCUUCAAUUGUAAUCGAAGAGCAAAAUUAUAGGAGAGAUAUUUUCUAGAUGGGGGAAUUCUCCACAUGAAUUAGCAAAAACUUAAAAGCUCAAUUAUAAGAGGUAAAAGAUAUGACUGAUCUAUAAUUUAUGGUGCAGAGAGUGCAUGCUGGUCAUAUACAUUUUAGAUCAGAAUCUAUUCCAGAGAUGGACAGGCCUUUUGGAGUGGAUUAGUCUUGCCAUCUUGAAAUGCUGCGCCCAGGCCUUAUAAAUCCAAGGGGUUUCUCUGCAAACAGUCUCCCAUAAUAGUGGGUUAAUGCAAGCACCAGCUCACGACUUUUGGACUUUCGCAUGAUGUUCUCUUGCCUUAGAUGGAAACUUUUUCACAUAUACACAAAGGGGAAUAGUUCAGCUGAUUGGCUGGCUGAUAUGGGUAACAGAUUGGUUGCAGUUCAGCUUAGUUUCCUCAGGGGUUGAUCAAAUUAGCCUGGAGGGUUUUGGUCCAGUCUUCUUCUUCUUCUUAUUAUUAUUAUUAUUAUACAUUUCUGUAGUGGGCAUAGCUGUUUAAGAAAAACUGUCUUUUGGUAUGCUUGUAUCAAUGCUAUGGUGCAAUACUCUGCUGUCUUCUGAUUUGAUUUGGUCUCUUUUUUGUUUUCUUUCUUUGAUAGUCAGUUUCAUCUUUGCUAUGGCCCUUUUGUUUUCUGAUGUACAUGAUGGCUCAUUUUUGUUCUGACCAAUUAUGUCUGGUUUCCAAUGAUUGCCUAAUUUAGGGGACAAGCUAGUACUUGCAGAGGAAGAUGAUCUAUUCUUGAAGUUCCUUUUGGCAUGCGCAUUGACCUGUUGUAAGCAGCAAGUUCUUCCAAGUUACAUGCAGUGCAGUUCUCAAGCUUUUCUCAUUACGAGAGUGCUCACGCUUGAGAAUGCUGUUUCCAAGUCUGCAAUUUGUAGGGUUUUCUACAACGGGUACCGGAAACAGACUGACCUUAUGUGCUUCAGUUCGGAAAGGAGCAGGGCCGGAUCGCCCUCUUUGUCGCCAAAGAUCGCUACAGUGUCGAGAUUUCUUUUUUGAAGAGGAUCCCUCUAGGGUUUUGGAAACUCUUGCUCUCUUCUCUCCUUAAUCGUUGUGGUAUCUGUAAUUCUUGGGCAAGAAAUGGUGGUGCUGCCGCUGGAAUCGCUGCCACUGGGGUUCCGGUUCCAUCCGACGGACGAGGAGCUCGUGAACUACUACCUCAAGGGCAAGAUCAACGGCCGGAUCAACUCCGAGGUCGUCGUCAUUCCCGAGGUCGACGUCUGCAAGUCGGAGCCCUGGGAACUCCCCGGUAAGUCGGUGAUCCGAUCGGAUGAUCCGGAGUGGUUCUUCUUCUCGCCAAGGGACCGGAAGUACCCCAACGGGCACAGGUCGAAUCGGGCGACGGAUGCCGGGUACUGGAAGGCCACCGGCAGGGACCGGACGAUCAAGACCAGGCCGCCGGGCUCGACCAUCAUCGGCAUGAAGAAGACCCUCGUCUUCCACCUCGGCCGGGCACCAAAAGGGGUCCGCACCUAUUGGAUCAUGCACGAGUACCGCACCACCGAGUCCGAGUUCGACUCCGGGGAACAGGGUAGCUUUGUUCUUUGUCGCUUAUUCAAGAAGCCUGAGGAGAAGAGUCCAAGUUCCAAUGUUGGUGCGAUAGAUGGAAAUGUUGAUGAGAUGGAGUCUAGUUUCUUAUCACCAGGUGAAACCCCACAGGGAACAGAUACCUUGGAAGAAUUUGCAGCACUUCUGAAUCAAGAGCUUUUACAGCCAGCCAUGCAAGAAAAUUUGCAGCCUUCUCUCAACAUUUCAGACACACAAUCAACAAGCACUAACAAUCCUCUAAGACCUGAAGAUACAGGAGAUCAUGCAACAACAUAUCCUUUAAGACCUGAAGAGAACCAUUGCAAUAACAAUGGAGCUUCUGCUGUAGGUGAUCAUGAGGCUGGUCCAGAGGGAUCACAGAUGUUUCAAGAUAACUAUGUUGAGCAGGACUCAGUCACUGAAUUCUUAGACGGAGUGAUUAAUAACCAAGAAGAAGAUUUCCCUGAAGUAACAGAUACUCAGAAAGAUUCAGCCCCAAGGGAUGUGCCAGAUCGUCUUAUUUGUAAGCUUCAAGUUUCUUCCCGGGACUCUGUGUCUGGCAAGGAGGGUGGGACAGGUGGUGAUGUUGGUACCAUACCUGUUACUAUGCAGGAAGGCCAAGAUAUGGAUGCUUAUGGACAUCACUAUCAGUCGUUUUCGCAGUCAAGUGGUUCUUCACAGAUGAAUAACUCUAAUAAUUAUCAUGAAACAAGAACUGAUGAGAUAAACCUGCUUCCAGAAACAGAAAAUGCACUAUGGAUUCAGAGUGGGACAAUUAAUUUCAAGACUCGUCAGGAACUUCCAGACAUGAACAACUUAAUGGCAUGGCAGGGCUUGGUACCUAGAAAUUUCAGGUUGCAAAAUGAAAUUGACAAAGGAUCAAUGCUCACAUGUAGAGAAUUAAGCAGUAAGAAAGAUGAUAAUGAGGUUAACUCGGUGAUACCUGAGGCUAAAGAAUGUGCUGAACACCAGACUGCUGAAGAUACAGAAAUUUCAGGGUCUCUCUUUCUUGAUGAUGUUGAGGGCAUCUCUGAUCAUGAUGAUGCAACCUCUAUUGAGGCAAUGACCGCCUUCUCAGAGAUCUCUCAUGAAUCUAAAUCUGUACUGAGGCAAAGGACAAGAGGCACUCAUGAAAAUGAUGAUAAACUCAAAGGCCUGCCUCUGCAGUUGGAUACACCUAGAAUUGUUUGUGUCUCUAUUACUAGAGCGAAUGUGAUUUUGUUGGCCAUCCUUUUGCUAAUCUGUGUCGUGAUAAGUUGGUAUUUAAGCUCUUGAUAUAUUUACAAAACAAAUCCUGUAUAAUUUUGCAAAUAUAUAGGGCUCUGCAUUUCUAAUAUUUAGUGGUUUUUCAGUCUUGUUAAAGUUGUUUAAGUUUCUGCUUUGUUUUUUACGGUAUUUAAGUUAAAUUGUGUUCAUUAGUUUUGAUUGGUGCCUAUUGAAAAUUGCUAAAUUCUGUUUGAAGUAAGCUGUUGAUUCAGCCUCAUAGUUGAUAAAUGAAGGAAAUUGAGAAACUAAAAAUUUCAGCGGA